GACGUAGAAGUUAUAGACGGAUAAGAGAGCUUUCUAUUUAGAAAUCAGAAGAGAUCAAUGGGUUGCUCUAGGAAGAGAGAAAUGUCUUUGUCAAUGGUGGUGGUGGUUCUUCUUGUCUUGUUCCAGCUCUUGCUGGCCAAUGGACAAGGCCUGCCACCAGAAUGCACCUUCAGCCCAGAGCCUCCAUGCCCUCCAACCCCCACAGGAUUGGGUCAUAUUGUUCUUGUCCAUGGUGCAGGUCAAGGACAAUGGUACUGGUAUAAGGUUAAACCCAUAUUGGAGGCUGCAGGCUAUAAUGUAACAACCGUCCAACUUGGACCUUCAGUCACUUUGGCUCUUGAUUCAAUAGAAAAUGUUACUUUCUGGAAUUACUCUCAACCACUCUUUGAUAUUAUGGAAUGUAUAGACCACAAGGUUUUGCUUGUGGGUCACAGUGCAGGAGGGUUAAGUAUAGCUGUUGCAAUGGAGAUGUACCCACAGAAGAUACAUGGAGGUGUCUUUGUCGCUGCUUACAUGCCAGAUACUACACACCCCGUAUCCUAUGUCCUUGAUAUGGGAGAGCAAUAUGAGCAGGACUGGGAGGAUACUUGCAUCAAGACUAGUGGGCUUAACGAGACCUGGUAUUAUUUUGGCGUUCAGUUUCUGAGCGACAGACUCUAUCAAAUGUGCCCUCCCGAGGAUAUUGAGCUAAUGUAUACACAGAGAAGGCCAGGAUCGUUCUUUAACAAUGAAUUGGCUGGAGUACAACUUACAAAUGAGGGUUAUGGUUCAAUUGAUCGAUAUUAUAUUGUAACUGGGGAUGAUUUAGCAACAUAUCCUGAAUUUCAACUCCAAAUGAUCGCAAAUUAUCCAGUGAAGGAGGUGAAGACAACAGAAAGAUCUGGUCAUGAGGUCAUGCUAUCGAAGCCCUUAGAAUUGUCUGCUUAUAUCUUAGAUAUUGCCAGACAAUAUCCUUCUUAUUCUGCUAAUGAUGCUAAAGAUACAGCUUGGGUGGAGAUGAGAGCAAAACUAAAUUCAAUCCGACGUGGUGCCUGGUGGGCGUGACCCUUACUGGAUAAAAAACCCGGUCUAAUUAGUAUGAUUUGUUGUUGUACUACUAUCUACUAUCUGGCAAUAAAUAAAUGAUAACUGUGGCUUUCAA